CACGCACGAACACCCGUCAACAGUUUCUCCGCAAAAGUCAACAAAAAUAGUCCCAGCAUUUGGAGAAAUAAACGCUUCCACAGAUCCUUGAACGAGACACAAAACAUCUCAGACUCUCUUCACUCUACCGACGACACUCUGAGGGAGGCUACGAAGACGACCACCACACACACGUACACAUACACCAACAACCAUCACAAUCAUGUCGCGCAACUCAUUCGACGAGGGUGAUGACCAAAUCACACCUCUCGCCCGCAACCUCACCUCGACCAACGAAGGCAACCGCGUCCUCCAAAUGGGCAACAUGGCCGCCGCCCGCCGCAAGAACAGCAUCCACCGCACCAGCCCCCCCAGCGAAUUCAACCGCAAUCGCUCCCCCAACAACAACAACAGCCCCAGCGACCGCGAGCAAAUACCCAGCGAACUGCCCGCCCGCAGCAAAACCUCCGGCGGCAACAUGUCGAGAUCAAAAUCUAUGAAAAAGGCCUUGGGGAGGGCAAUGUCGGUCAGACAGGCGGAACCGCAUGUCGAGCACACGAUUAGCAACAAUGGCUUUGCACCCUCGAGAUCAAAGUCUUUGCGUGCGCCUCCACCUCCUCGUCUUCAUUUGAAGAGGCAGCAGGAUGGGAAGAUGGGGGUCAAUGAGCCGAUUCCUGUUCCUGAUUUCCCUUCGCCGGGGCGUGCUCCUAGGGGUCAGCGUAUCUUUGACCCUCAGACUAUUGCAGAGGAUGAAGGUGUGAUUAUUGAAAAGGAGGGUGGAUGGGCUGUGGACAAGAAGACGCAGAAGAAGUUGGAUGAUGAGAGGGCUAGGAUUGAAGAGCAGGAACGUCAGGCUGUGUUUAGUGGUGAGGAUGGUGAUAUGAAGCACAACAAGACUGGAAGGCAACGAAGCAAGAGUUUCAAGGAGUUCUUCAGGAGAAGUUAGGCUGUCUCUCCAAAGACACUCUUCUCCCUCGUCAAUCUCCUUGUCAUAUUUGCACAUGUCCAGCCUCAUGCGAUUUACGGCCUGAGUCUACAUUAACUCACUUAAUCACCCGAUACCCAUACCAUCGCUUAGAGAUACGACAGCCGCCGAACAUCUUGACGAUUUUUGU